AAUCAAGUUGAGAUCAACUGAACAUUCAUAUGGAAGCACAGAAGAGCUCAACCAGCACAGACUCGAGGGACACAACCUACUUUUCCUACUAUGCACAGUUUGUUCACCAGCAGAAUAUGCUACAGGAUACUGUGCGGACAUCACUUUAUCAAACCGCAAUUUUAGCAAACAGCUCUACGCUGUUUGAUGGCAAAAUGGUCAUGGAUCUAGGAGCUGGCAGUGGAAUUCUUUCGUUUUUAUCCAUUCGUGCUGGUGCAAAACAUGUGAUUGCUGUCGAAGCCAGUGGAAUGGCUGAUAAAAUUCAAAAGCUGAUCGACUAUACCCAUAUUACAAACUCAUGGCUACGCGGAAAGCUUACAGUAGUGAAAAGCAAAAUUGAAGAUGUGGAGAAUCUACCUAUGGUGGACACCCUUGUUAGCGAGCCAAUCGGUGUAUUACUUGUACAUGAGCGUAUGCUGGAGUCAUAUAUUCUUGCUCGUGAUCGAUUUCUUAAACCGGAUGGUAUUAUGGUGCCUUCUAUGGGCACCAUCUACGUUGCACCUAUUUCAGAUUCAAAUCUUUGGUCACAGACUAUGUCCAAAGUACGCUUUUGGGAGCAACAAGAGUUUUUUGGUGUAGAUUUGUCCCCUUUGGCACAGGAUGCCAAGGACGAGAUUUUCGGACAGCCUGUUGUUGGUGGAUUUGAUGCACGAUCACUGGUUGCUCCUGCUUGCUCUCACAUUGUCGACUUUCGUACAGUAACAGCAAACCAAUUGAAAGAUAUCGUUAUUCCGUUCACAUGGAUGGCAACAUAUACUGGAUUGAUACAUGGUAUUGGUGCAUGGUUUGAUAUCAAUUUGGCUGGAUACAUUUUGUCAACCGCUCCACAGGCUGAAAAGACCCACUGGCACCAAGUGCGUUUGCUUCUCAAAGAACCACUAGCAAUUAAUGCGUUUGAAAACAUUCGGGGAUGGAUUAGAAUGGUGGCCAAUCCUUUGCGGUCCUAUGACAUUACUGCAGAGUUGAUCGUAGGCAAUCAAGGCAUAUUAUCCGAUCCACAUAAUCCAUUUGUGGCAUCAACUCGAGCGAUUCCAGAGGGAUUCACACGUCGUACAGGAAAAUGGGCACUUCAUGAACAGACGUAUUAUUUUGAUCAAUAUCCUGGAGAAACUAGUGUUCGUCCGGAAUAUGUUGGAUUGUAUCUACCAGAAAUUUCAUUGGAAUAACAAGACCAAGAAACGAGCAUGAUGUUUAAAAUUAGUGCAUUGCAUGUCAAGUCAAGCAUGAGAUCAGCACUUGUAGGUGGUAAACAAAAUAUAAUCAAUGUAUCUCCAUCUAUAAAACAGUGUUGACAUCAUCUUUAGACAAUGUUCAUUUAUGCCAAAAUAAGUUUUUAAUAAAAUAUCCAAACUAUGCAAGUAGGGAAGAUUCCCUGUAAAAAGGUUUUCACACAUCUCAACCAUAAACAUGAGUCGUCUACAGUAAUCCCAGCUCGACUCCAACCCGUUUCGACUUUGACAAGGCCUGUUUGGAGACGUGUCCAUUUGCAUCAAGCAUAUCAGGAUCGCUUCCCAAUUCAGUCAAAAUUUCCUCAAAGUUGGCUAUGAGGGUUUCCAAACCAAGAAGGUAUCCGUUAUCUGGACCUUUGGUUGUGGGUGGGCAGUUGACAUACACGAUUCCUUCUGUUGUAGAUUGAGACAAGUGCUGAGUGAUGGGUGUAGUGGAAGGGUUUGAUUUUGCUAGCGAUGCCAUGAGUGGAUCCUUGGGAUUCGAUCUGGACACGGUAAAAUCAGAUGCUACGAGUGAAGUAAAUGAUGGAGAAAAGGGCGAUGGGUCCAGAAUGACAGAGCGAGUAGGUGUAGCACUAUCUUUUUGUUGUACAAUUGGUAUUGUUGGUUUCAAACCAGAUCCUACGGAUGUGCUCUGUGUUGGUGCAUUUGAAGCAGGCAUAAAUGGAUUUGGCUCCACCUGGGUAGAGGGUUGUGUUGCUCGAGAUGAAGGCAGAAUGGAAGUCUCGGACCAUCUCGGCUUUGCUCGCAAAACGUCGGCAUUGGUCACAGAGUUUGCAAAGUCAAUCAUACGAAUAUCUGCAUCACGUCGAGGUAAGCUAGGAUCAACAGGCGCAUCUCCAUCAUACAAAAUGAGCAAACUGCUCGCAUAAAAGCGAUAGCUUGGCAUUGAUGCAAUCACCCUGUAUAGCUUUCUUAACUCGUUUAAAAUCUUGCCAAUCAAUCCCACAAGAUACAUAUCUCCAUUAUCAAUAAACAAAAGAAUGUUCUGUUUGAAAUUUCCAGAAUGAAUCUGUCGACCAACAUAUUUGUCAAGAUAUAGAUAAGUGCGUGUAGACUGCUUAUAAACUUGCAUACCACAAAUACGAACACCGAGUUUUUUGCUUGUGCUGCGUUCGCACUUGCGUUCUUGAGAAAUACGCUUUUCCACAGUUGCAUGGACACUGUGCUGGCGAGUUCCCAUUUUAAGAUCAAGAACGCAUGGAUGCCGCAUGCCUUCAGUCAGAUCUUCAAGAAGCAAAAAUUUGUGUGUACGCUCCUGUUGCUCCAGCUCUUGUUGCUUUGUUGGUGUAGAAAUGAUAUUUGCUGGCAAAGGUGCCGACGGCAUCAAUUUGGACAUUUUGGUAUUGUAGAGAUGUAGCGACCACGGAUUGAAUGAUGCUGAUGUGUCAUUAGGUGUAGGAAGCGAGCCAACAGAGUGAUUGGUAUGUGCAUGAGAGGCUGAUUUAAGUGAUAUGCUCAGAUUCGGAGGUGUCGAUUCGUUCCCAAAAUCCAAAGAUGUCGGAUCAUCGCAUACGCUUUUUGAGAGUCGAGCAAAACGCUUGGAUUGAAAAUCAUGCAAUCGAUCUUUUGAUUCAGUACUUGCAUUGCUGGGUGCCAGUGGAGGUCGGGAAGAAAAUGACCGAGUCUGUGGCAAAGAGCAAUGCAUAUCUUCAUCAUCUGACAUGUGGAAAAUGGGUGUAUUAGUAUCUCCGUCGUGCAAGUGAUUUGGGUCAGAUAGUAACUC